AUGGAGUCAGAGCAGCCAGUACAUAUGGGGUUCCCUGAUAACAGGACCCCGACUGAGAUCAAAGUGGAGAAUUUUCAGUGGAGCGGUCCUGAGGCGGCUGGAUCACAGGAGGUCUUCCCAGAGAGAUCCCCUGGAUCCGUGAAACCUGAGACCCGCAAAGGAGGUGGUGAUUUGGAGAGGCUUCAAGGCAGGAGGGCUGUACAGAGAUGGCGUGGAUCUGUUCAGUUUGUGGAAGGUCUGCGAUCCUUUAACAAACGUGCGUCCCAGGAGGCCGAGAGAAAACACCCGUGCCCCGAAUGUGGGAAAAGAUUUCAUUACCGGUCCCAGCUGGCAAAACAUCAGAUGAUCCAUACAGGUUUAAAACCUUACAAGUGCAUUGUCUGUGGGAAGAACUUUCAACGGAAAGACAACCUCCUUGCGCAUCAGAAAAUCCAUACGGGGAACAAGCCGUACGGCUGCUCCGAGUGCGGGAAAAGCUUCUAUGAUAGAGGCAAGCUGCUUCGGCACCAGAAGGUCCACAUGGGGGAGAAACCUUUUGAGUGUUCCGGGUGCGAGAAAAGCUUCCCCCGGAAAGGGAACCUCCUCACGCAUCAGACAGUCCAUACAGGCGAGAGGCCAUACGAGUGCCUUGAGUGCGGGAGGUGCUUCGGUGAGAGGGUCCAACUGAGUAGACAUCAAAGGGUCCACACUGGCGAAAAGCCUUAUGACUGUCCCUGGUGUGGGAAGAGGUUCCGAAGGAAAGGGAAUCUGGCUGCGCACCAGAAAAUCCACACCGGGGAGAGGCCGUACUCCUGUUCUCAGUGUGGGAAAAGCUUCAGCGAGAAAGCCAAACUGGUUCGUCACCAGAGAGUUCACACAGGAGAGAAACCAUACUCGUGCCCGAUGUGUGGAAAAAGCUUCAAUCAGAGAGAGACCCUGAUGAGGCACUGGAGAGUACAUACAGGGGAGAAACCCUACGAAUGUCUGGAGUGCGGGGAAAGCUUCGGUCAAAAAGAGACUCUCCUUAGGCAUCAGAGAAUUCAUGGGACAAAAUAUUAUUAGUGUUCUGUAAGGAACGGGGGAUGGGGGAACAUUCUCACCACAAAUAUAAGCGUCACCAAAAACACAUGACCUUUUUCAGUGUGGAUGUGGUGGGGGAAAUCUGAUGACAAAUUGGAGUCAUUUGUGCAGAAAGACGA